UCGAGUGGCACACAGGGCUCUGUGAGGUACGAGAGAAGGAGGCACGGAAAAAAGAGAGAGAGACGGAGCCCUCGGGAACUAUUCAAUCAGAAAUAAACAAAAACACACUUCUCUUCAUGGACUGUAAAAUUAAAAGAUUAAUUAUCAUUUGCUUGGAUUGGAAGAAUCAACACAUGCGAUUCUGACGGACGACCUGAAUAACGGAAUUCACUUUUUGGGGGGAUUUUGGUAGACACUCCGAAAUAAUAUAUUUUUGAGGUUCAAGCAACAUUUUCGAAAUAUCGCUGAGAAGGAACAACUAUCCCCUAGCCAGCCUUCAAGAUGGAGGAGGAACAGUGCUUCUACAAUGAGUCCAUUGCCUUCUUCUACAACCGCAGUGGAAAGUACCUGGCUACAGAGUGGAAUACCGUCAGUAAGCUGGUGAUGGGGCUGGGUAUCACAGUAUGUAUCUUCAUCAUGCUGGCUAACUUGCUGGUCAUGGUGGCUAUAUACGUCAACCGCCGCUUCCACUUCCCUAUUUACUACCUGAUGGCCAACCUGGCGGCCGCGGACUUCUUUGCCGGCCUGGCGUACUUCUACCUGAUGUUCAACACGGGCCCGAACACGCGGCGCCUCACGGUCUCCACGUGGCUGCUCCGACAGGGUCUCAUCGACACGUCCCUCACGGCGUCCGUGUGUAACCUCCUCGCCAUCGCCAUCGAGCGCCACAUCACCGUUUUCCGCAUGCAGCUGCACACGCGCAUGUCCAACCGGCGUGUGGUGGUGGUGAUUGUAGUCAUCUGGACCUUGUCUAUCGUCAUGGGAGCCAUCCCGUCGGUAGGGUGGAACUGUAUCUGUGACAUCGGCACGUGUUCUAGCAUGGCUCCGCUCUACUGUAACUCCUACCUGGUGUUCUGGGCCGUAUUCAACCUGGUCACCUUCCUGGUCAUGGUGGUGCUGUACGCUCACAUCUUUAUGUACGUGAGACAGAGGACCAUGAGGAUGAGCAGACACAGCUCUGGGCCACGCAGGAACAGAGACACCAUGAUGAGUCUGCUGAAGACUGUCGUCAUCGUAUUGGGUGCGUUCAUCGUGUGCUGGACUCCAGGCCUCGUUCUCCUCCUCCUCGAUGUGUUCUGUGCCAACUGUAACGUCCUGGACUUUGAGAAGUUCUUCUUGCUUCUGGCUGAGUUUAACUCCGCUAUGAACCCCAUCAUCUACAGCUACCGGGACAAGGAGAUGAGCGCCACCUUCAAGCAGAUCCUGUGCUGUCAGCGCCAGGAGAACGUUAACGGGACGGCAGCCGAGGGCUCCGACCGCUCAGCCUCCUCUAUCAAUCACACCGUGCUGAGUGGAGGGAAACAAAACAAUGAUCACUCAGUGGUGUGAGAGGAGGAGAGGAGGACAGGAGAGGGACUGGGGCUGGAGACAGGAGGAGAGGGACUGGGGCUGGAGGUGGAGAUAGGAGAGGGGCUGGAGAGGAGAG